CCAAGCAGGGAGGCUGGAAUGAGCUUUGCCCUGGGUGACACUCUACCUUGUCACUGAUUAACCAGCUUCAUAGGAAGGCUGCUCCAUAAAUAUCCUGCUUUGUCUUGAGAGUGACAUCUGGCCAAGUAUUGGUGAGUAGAAAAAAAUGUCCACUCGCUACCACCAAGCUGCUAGUGAUAGCUACCUGGAACUUCUGAAAGAGGCUACCAAAAGAGAUCUGAACCUUUCUGAUGAAGAUGGAAUGACUCCUACACUCCUGGCAGCCUACCAUGGGAAUUUAGAAGCCCUAGAAAUAAUCUGCAGCAGAGGGGGGGACCCUGAUAGAUGUGACAUCUGGGGAAACACUCCUCUACAUUACGCAGCCUCCAAUGGCCAUGCCCACUGCGUCUCCUUCCUAAUCAACUUUGGUGCCAACAUCUUUGCCUUGGACAAUGACUUACAGUCUCCACUGGAUGCUGCUGCUAGCAGAGAGCAGAAUGAAUGUGUUUCUCUCCUGGAUAAGGCAGCUACUGCCCAGAACAUCAUGAACCCCAAGAAGGUCACUAAGCUGAAGGAGCAGUCUCAGAAGAAUGCCAGGAGGCAGAUCAAAGAAUGUGAGAGGCUCCAGGAGAAGCAUGAAAAUAAGAUGGCCCGCACCUAUAGUGAGGAAUCUGGUACUUUUUCUUCCAAGAGCACUUUUGCCAGAUCAUCUCUUUCAAAUGCUUCUGCUUCUAGCACACUUGGGUCACUCUCUAAGGGCAUUAAAGGUACCUUCAAGAUAAAGUUCAAGAAGAAUAAAGAUACAUCAGAGCAGGUAGAGAAGGAGUGCAGAAAUGAGCAGAGGAAUGUGAUGGAUAUGUUCAGAGAGGAAGAAGAAGACACAUUCUCAGGGGACUUCAAAGAGAAGCUCCAGGUUUCAGCAGAGGGCAGCUGUGUGCAACAUGAAUCCAUUCUCAGCCGUCCAGGACUAGGAAAUAUUGUUUUUAGAAGGAACAGAAUAACAAGCCCUGAAGACAUCUCAGAUACCAAGAAGGAGUUAGAGUUUAAAAUGUCCAGUGAAUUGCUUCAGAGACAAGGAGCAGCACAGGUUGACGAACUGGUGGCUGGUGAGGAGGGAGAGGAGAACAGCCUGAAAGAUGACCUGCCUUGGGAUGAGGAUGCAAUGGAGUGGGAGGAAGACACGGUUGAUGCUACACCCCUUGAAGUAUUCUUACAGUCUCACCACCUGGAAAAAUUUCUUUCCUUUUUCAUGAGAGAGCAGAUUGAUCUAGAAGCUCUGUUGCUUUGCUCUGAUGAGGAUCUUCAGAGCAUCCAAAUGCAGUUGGGUCCCAGGAAGAAAGUUCUCAAUGCCAUAAACAGAAGGAAGCAAGUACUCCAACAGCCUGGGCAACUGGUCGACACCAGCCUGUGACCGAGUGUUGGCCAAACAGGGUGAGCCUGCAACAGUGGGGUGAUGCUGUGGUCUACUGGAAGCACUUCAGGCAAUACCUUCUCUCUACUGAAUGCCAAGCAACUGGGUAUGAUGUCUGAGCUCUUGGAAUUGCCCACCUAAAAAAGAGGCCCAAGCUCUACUUUGAGAAAUUCUCUAUACCUAUACAAAUAAACCACCAGCAAGAAACUCAAAGAGACAUGUGAAUAAAAACUGGCAUUUCCCUUUGAUUAUCUUUUUAAUAUUUUUGAAUCUAGAGAGGGUUAAAUGUAUGAAGGAUAAGAGGAAAAACUCUCUUUACUUUUCCAACUCUGGAUUUAAGAUUAUAAUCUCUCAACACACUGCUUUUCACUUUCUGAUUUUCAUGCUCCGGGGAUUCCAACUCCAAUUCUGCCCUUAGCUCUACACUUUGUUGGUGGAAACUAAAAUUCCUCUAUCGGCCUAAGAUUUGAUACCCAACUUAAAUGUGUCUGAACUUUUAACAGAUGUCUGCAGGUUUAAAAGUAAUGAAAAUGGAUCUAUAGUACCCCCACCUGAGAACAGAGUAUGAGGUAGGGAGAAUGAAGAGAAAAAUAGAAUAUAGGAUACCUACUAUGAACAAAAUUGUUUUUCCCCAAAUUCAUGUACUGAAGCCCCAUCCAAUACAACUGUAUCCAAAUACAGUUGUAUUUGGAGAUAGGACCUUUGUUAAGUUAGAUGGGGUCAUAAGUGUGGGGCCCUAACCCCAUAUAACUCUUGUCCUUUAAGAAGAACAGAUACCAGGGAUGUACAUGCACAAAGAAAAGGCCCUGUGAGGACACAGCAAGAGGAUGGCCAUCUGCAAGCCAAGAGGAGAGGCCUCAGGAUACAUCAGAUUUGUCAACACUUUGAUCUUGACCUUUCAGCCUUUAGAAAUGUAACAAAAUAAAUGUCUAUUGUUCAUGCCACACA